GCACUCGAAAAGGUGAAGGAACUGCGCGCGGAACUCGAUGCGCUGAAAAUAUCAGUCUGUACCGAUCGUAACUUGAUAUCUUCUCGAUACGAUGAUGUGCAGGCAAGCUCAUCUGAUCCGCUUUUGGCACAAUUCAACCCCCUUGCGAAGACGGGAAGCCCAGACUAUAGCAUCCAAGAGAUGGAGGUCAGGGUGGGAGAGGGACAGGUCGUCAUUCAAGACGUUCUCGAUCAAUCAUCGCGCUUAGCUGUCUCUAGGGCGGAUGGACCACCCAUCUCAAAUUCUUCAAGAUCAACAAAACGCCUUUGUGAUCUUGACCCAACAAUUCUUGGAUCUGAGUUUGUCUUGUUUCUGGAAAGACCUUGCUUACCACACAGUGGUGUCACGCCUAGCUUCUCAGAUCAGAGCUCAAAUGGCCAUGCACUUACGUUGACGUCAGGCUUGUUGAGUUUUUGCCCGCCUGUAUCAAGCUCGCAAAUCGAGCCAGUCGAAGCGUGGCGGAUUCCCAAGUUAGGUCUAGAGCGAUUAUUGGAUCUGUCUCGACAAAUCGCCCUUGACAAUGAUGAAGUCACGCCUGUUCAGGCAUGGGCAAUCGUUCGAGAUCACGAUUUAUUCUGCACACUGUCAAUCGAACACCUAGAGGAUCUAAAAACGAGACUGCUGCAUAGAGUCAAGUGCCACGGGUUCGGUGGCGUAAUAUUAAGGAGCGAUCUUACAGACGCUAUUGUAAGUACGUUUGUAAUUAGAGAGACUUAGCUUAGGCAAGGUUCUUCGUUGUCUGUACCCGCAAUUGCUACAGCAUUUCGCCUUCACCUUGUCAAAGCCUAAACGGCUGUAGGAAGUGAUUCAAUCAGCAUCUUUCGCAACUCCAUUGC